AUGGAUGAGAGACGAGUUCAGAAACUUUUGAAAGAAGCUGAUCGAAUUUAUCAUGCUGGUUCACGAAAUCCAAAAGAAAAAAUUGAUGUUUAUCAUGAAGCAGCUGAAGCAUGUCGUUCUAUUGGAAAAUAUGAUCAAGCUAUAAAAUAUUUUACACUUGAAUUACAUGAAGCACAACAAGCUGAUAUACGUGACGAUAUUCUUUAUUGUCAACGGUUUUUAGGUGAAUGUUAUUUUGCUAAAAAUGAAUUUUCUACAAGUGAAAAACAUCAUUUAAAUUUUUUAUCAUCGGCACAAGAAUAUGCUGAUGAUGAACGUACUGAACAAGCCUAUACAUGUUUAGCACAUACUUAUUGGGUAUGGUUAAGUUAUUUACAAGAUGAUAUAUUACAUGAUUCUGAACGUGAACAAUUUCCACGUGAAAUAUGUAAAAAAAGUUUAGAUGCAGCAAAAAAUAGUUUAUUAAUGAUUGAAAAACUUGAUUAUCAACUUAAAAUUGAUAUGAAAACAAAGCAAAAUAUUAAAAUAAAAGAUAUUGAAAAAAGACAACAAGAUUUAGCAUUAAGGCGUGUUCGAGCCUAUAUCAACAUUGCCAAUGCGAUGAGUGAAAAAUAUACAACCGGUGAUAAAUCUGGCGCUAAUCUUAAAGCUCUAAGUCAAUAUAUUAAAAGUGCCAUAGAACUAGCCAAAAAACACCAAUUAUAUGAAGAACUAGCACGUCUUCACUCGUCAGUAUCAACGUUCUAUUUAAGUGUUCCAAAUUUUUUACAAUAUAAGAAAGAAAUCAUUGCUACUAUGGAACAAGCUUUACAUUAUGCACAAUUAGCAAAAAAUACAACUGAAUAUUUAUCAUGUUUACAUGAUAUUGCUCAAACACUUCUAUUAUUUGAUGAUUAUCAAGGUGCAAAAAGUUAUCUUUUAAAAAUUUAUCGAUAUCGAAAAAAUGAUCCAAUCAAAGAAAAAGCUCUUCGCGAUUUAGCUGAUGGUAAAACUCCGAUAAUUGAAAGUAUUAUUAUUAAUUGUAAAAUCGAUCAAUUUUUAGUUCAACGAAUUUUAACUGGACUUGAAGAUCGAUAUGAAAAAGAAACAGAUUUAAGAAAAAAAAUGCGUUUAGCAGAAAAAUGUGCUGAUAUAUUUUCUCGUAUUAAACGAAAUGAACGAAGUAAAAAUUAUUAUCUAAAACAAUUAAAACAUGCACAAGAAUUAAAUUUAGAUGAAAAUGAAAUGGCAACUAUUUAUUCGUCACUUGGUAGUAUUUGUCAAGAUUUACGAGAAUGGCAAGAAAGUAUUAAUUAUUUUCGACGUGAAAUGAGUUGUCGAAUUGGUUUAGGUUCACGAGCUGAUGUUGAACAAGGUUAUUCUCUUUGUGAAAUAAUUAAAUGUGAAUAUCGUCUUAAAAUUGAUCUUGAUGUACGAAUAACAACAUUUAAACGAGUUUUAACUAUAGCUCGAUCAACAAAUGAUCAAAGCCUAACUAGAAUGGCAGUUUCACUUGUAUUUGCUAUGAAAUUACGUGAUCCAUGUAUACAUUUGGAUGAUGAUUUAGAAGAAUUUAUGGCUAAUAUUCAACCACCAAUAACAGAAGAAAAUUAUAGUGAAAUUUUACGUCGCUCAGAACGUACUAAUAGUGAAAUAACAGAUUCUUUACAAUACAAUGAAGAUAGUGAUGAUGAUAAUGAUGAUAAUAAUGCAAAUGAAAGUGAUGAUGAUGAUGAAGCAAUUUUAGCAACACUUUCAGAUGACACAGAAAAUGAAGAUGAUAAUGAUGAAGAUGAAAAUGAAUUAGAUUCAACGAUACGUGGUAAAAGUCGACAAAGAAAAAAAAUUUGGAGAAAUUGUUAUGGUGAAAGUCGUUUACAUUUAGCUUGUAAAGAAAAAACUGGUUUAAAAAAAGUGAAACAAUUUAUUUCUGAAGGAGAUGAUAUUAAUCUUCAAGAUAAUCAUGGUUGGACACCAUUACAUGAAGCAGUUAAUCAUGGACAUAUUGAUAUAGUUCGAUAUCUUCUUGAUUGUAAAGCUAAUAUCAAUAUAAAAGCUAACAAUGGAAUAACUGCUCUGAUCGAUGCUUGCAAUAGUGGAUGUUUCGAUGUUAUUGAAAUAUUACUUUCAUAUGGUGCAAAAACAAAUAUUCGUACAAAUAAUGGUUAUACAGCUGUUGAUUAUUUAACAUUAUACGAUGAAAAUAUGUCACCAGACGAUCGUCGAAAAUUUAAUCGUUUAAAAGAAUUACUUUUAGCUGCUAUGAGAAAGGAUGAACCAACUUAUUGCACACAGAAAGUUAUUCGCAGUGAUUUUGGAAAUGAAUCCGAUGAAGAAGAAAAAUCAUUAACAACAGAACAUAAAUCCAAUAGUAAUGAUAGUAUCGAUGAUAAUAUAGAAAAUGAUUCUGAUAAACGACCACAAUAUAAAAGUAUAAUGAAUAACAUUCGACGUGGAAUUCGAACAGAUGAUGAUAUAACAACUGAUAAACAAUCACCUUUAAAAAGAAAAAAAUCUAAAUUAACACCAUUUGUAUCUGAUGCUGAAUAUGAACGAAUCAAUACUAAUGAAAAACAUUGGGUUGUUGAUGAUACAGAACCGAUUGAAGUUGAAGAUUCAUCUGUUUUAACAACAAGAAAAACACGAAAACAACAUCUUCAACGAUCACGUUCACCAUCAGUAUCAUCAUCACAUACACCAGCACGUAAACGACAACGAACAGUAACUGAUACUAAAUCUCCAGUGAAAAUUUCUACAUCUAUUCCUCCACCUCUUCCACAACCAUCAAAUGAUAUUGAUCUUGUUAGUUUUGAUGAUUUGGAUUUAUUUUCACCAUUAAAAAAACAAUCACCUAUACCGUCUCAUCCAACUCCAUCUCUUUCACCAGUUCUACAAGUUAUGACACCAAAAUCAAUGACAAGGUCUCGACAUCCAUCAUCAACAUCAUCAACCAAUACAGUAACAACAACUACAACUAUACUUCUUCCAUCUUCAGUUUCACAUGAUCAAACUACAAGAAUUAUUCGAUGUUUAGCAAAUACAAUUCAACGAACAAAUGAAGAUAAAAAACUUCGAAUACCAAUGUCACCAUCGGAUACUUUAACAAGUCUUCGUUAUCAAGUUCUCAAACGAUUACAUGAUAGUUUUAAUAUUUAUGCAUAUCCUGUUCUUGUAUAUGAGCAACUUUGUAAAACUAAUAAAAUUGCUGCCUAUUCAAACAUUCGAUCAGCAUUAAAAAUUUUUUUUGAUAAAUUUGAAUUAUCACUUCAACGAUUAAGUUUAAAAUUAGACCAAGCUAUAUGUAUAUUACAAGUAUUUGAAAAUUUCAUGUUUAUAUAUUCAAUUAAUUUAUCAGAAAAUAAUCUAACUGAUGGAAUAUUUGAUCAAUUAGGAAAAUUAUGCUUAGACCAACUAAAAUCAUUGAAUCUUUCACGAAAUAAAUUUACUUCCAAUGGAAUACGAAAAUUGUUUGAACAAAAAAUGAUGAAUAAUUUACUUGUACUCGAUUUAACCGGUAAUACAGAUAUUGAUUAUGUUACAUUAACAUUUAUCCGAACUCGACAUCCAAAUCUUAUUGUAUAUCAUUGA